GUGCUACUUUGUCUUUUCUUUUUUUUCAAUCUCUGAGGGUUUUUCUGGCAGCAGACGACAAGCUCAAGUUUUCUGCUAUCUUUCUCUCGCUCAAAAACUUAUGUGCAAACACGAGCAUACGAAAUCAAGACAGAAAAGCUACAGAUGCAAGGAACUUGAUAGGCUACAAUGAGAAAACACGACAAUGGGGUAGCUGAAGCUGGAAUCAAAUGAAUUGGAGAUGAUUUUGGGAUGUUUGGAUUAGAAAUAUGGGACAAAAGGUUGGACAAAGCACCAGUUCUCGAGCUCGACAUCGAACAAUGGCCACUCACUCCCGCUCUAUCCGGCAACUUCCGGAGCCGGUACGUAAUGGCCCGUGCGCAGAAUGCGUGGGAAUCCAAUUCUGCCGUUUCAGCCCUUGUUUACAAGCCAUCAUCAUCUCGCCCCCUUCGAUCACAUACUCCUUUUCCCGCCAUAUCCCACCUCGAGAUUUUAUCCGCGCUCAGUUUUCGCUUGUCACUGAUAUUUUGAGUCAUUAUCCCUCGCGUCGGACGCGCAUCUGCGCUUACACUCAUUCCUUGCCGUUACCAACGCACUUCAACCUGGAUUCAUCACUCGUUCCCCGUCUUCGUCAGCGGCAGGCCGACGAGGACUUCAUCAACAAGUCUCUGCUCGAGCAACUCGACGCUGAACCCAUAAUAUCAUCGUCUUCACUUUCCGACUCAUCCACCUCCGACCAUCAGUUAUCUUCCUCCAACCCAAAUUCAUCUCCAGAAAGCUCUCCAGUGCUACCAACUAUGCGUCAGCAGCCUCAUAGACCAGACUCGCCCUCUGAACAGUUCGCAAUGUAUACCGAGCUUGAACCUGAGCAACGGUCUGCUCUCAAUGGAUACCAUCGGUCUUCUUUUACUGCUAUUCCAAAUGCUACACGUCCCUCCAAGCAUCAUGCGACACCCUCUUCCACGAUGCCAUCCACGAAUCCUACAAUUUACCGUGAUGCUGGAGCGCCAGUCUACCAGUAUGAAGUAUACGGUCUUUCUUCUCCAACCCAGUCUCAUAUGCAGCCGUCUCUUGUCGAUAGACCCAAAUACGCUGGUUCGUUCGGCCUUGCUGAGCCAUAUGUCAACUAUAACAAACUGUCACACCCUUCGCAACCGCAUUUACUUCCUUCUACCGUCAAUCCACAUCCUAUGCCCAUGUCCUCUCAGACACCCUAUGGACCUCAUUUGGCAACCAACAAUGUUUCAACUGGCGUCAAUUCUGGACAUGGCGGUGUUGGCGGCAACGUGCCUAGCGGUGGUAAUAAUAUGCAGGAAGAUAUUUCUACAAUUUUUGUCGUUGGUUUUCCGGAUGAUAUGCAGGAGCGGGAAUUUCAGAAUAUGUUUACCUUCUCUUCCGGAUUCGAGGCCGCCACACUGAAAAUACCGAAUAAGGAGUAUACAGCCUAUGGCGUAUCUGGCUCUACAAACAAUCCUGGCGCCGCUCCUCCUGGCCUGCCAGGACUCACUCCUUCUCUUGCUUCUCUUGUACGGGCGCAGGCAGCUAUUAACGACCCUUACAACCUCGUUACCAUGAAUCAAGGUGGUGUCGUCGUCGACGGUGGUAGGGACGGCACUAUGAGUAGUUGGCCUACGGCUUCGAUAGACGACUCAUAUUAUCCUCCCGGAUUAGGAAUAGGUAACCUCGGGGGUAUGAUACCUAGUGUCGGGGGUCCUGGUAUAACCCUUGGCCCUAAUCCUAACCCUAACGCUUCAGGCACAACCAGCGUCGGUAACGGUCCGGUCCCGCCCCGGAAACAAAUCAUUGGCUUUGCAAAGUUCAGAACGAGAGAAGAGGCGUUGGAAGCUAGGGAUGUGCUUCAGAGUCGACGAGUAGACAUUGAAAAAGGUUCCAUACUCAAAGCUGAAAUGGCAAAGAAGAAUCUCCACACGAAGCGAGGAGUCACUGCUAAUGGUGGUGCUGGGACUAAUGUCGGGUCUGUCAACGGAAACCCAUUAGGGGCCACUUUGACUUCUGCUAGUCACCUCGGUCCUGCGCCUCCUGCUGCUGUCAAUGGCAUCAGUUAUCCCGGCCAUGCCUCAAUGUCUAAGUACGAUUUAUUCUCUGGCUCAGCAAACCUUGCCGAACCCGGAAGUGGAAAUAUAAGUGCCAGAGACAGAGAAUUGGGGGCUCUUGGUGCUAUGGGAUUCACAAUGGCUGGCUCAUCGAAUAAUGGUCACUUUUCGGGGACAAACAACGUUACUGCGUUGUCCUCAUUGACGACGCUAUGGGAUGAAGAUAAUCGGGAGCGAGAACGCAUGGUCUAUGAUGCAAUGGGUCUAGGUAUCUCUUCUGGAGAUGAGUCCUCAGGACCGAUCAGUGCCAAAGAAGGUGGUAGACGACAAAUGGAGACUUGGAGGGAUGGUCGCGAACGUGACCGGGACGAAAGGCAGCCUCUGCGGCUCAGAUCUGGGUCCGCAUUCGAUGCGUUUCAUUCAAUUCCAGCGUCAUUACCCCAGAAUAGUUUGGUUUCUCCCCCUUCUCAAAAGGCCAAGCCCCUUCCCCUUUCGUCGCUCACUCACGACGACGGAGUUCCCGGUCCAUGGGAUCACUUCUCCAAGUCUUCCGCUGGAUCCAACGUGCCAAAUUCCGCAUCGUCAAAGGUUUCACACUCGUCUUCCAAUGGUACGAAAGGCUCCAAUGGUCGUUCAAGGUCCUCCCGCUCGUCUAGUGUUGCGGCUGGCUCAACUCAUUCUAGAGGCUCGGCCCGGGAUAUGAACGGGCAUGAGGAUGACGAUGAUGUGCAUACAAACCCAGAGAUGGAGCUGGAAGAUUCGAACACGACCGUCAAGGAGAUUGACGUGGCGCAGAUUGCUCGUGCUGUAGGAAGCUUGGCUGUCACUACAAACAAGCAUGUCAGUCACGCUGGUUCUACAGGUGCGAAUACUGUCAACGGUGCCCAUUCUCUAGGACACACGUCUCCUCAACUGCCAUCGCCGUCCAGUGGCAGUGGCACCAGUAUAUCUGCACUGUCCGCAGGAGGUGCGAGUGGAAUAUCGGCCUCAGCUCCCAUGUCAUCGUCUUCAUCUUCCUCCAGCAUGCGGCAUGCCCCUCCCCCGAAUCAACAUUGUCCAGCUCCGAACUUUACAACACAGCAUUCGGUGUCUAAUCCCAAUCUUUCGCAUCUUUCUUCCAUGCUUUCUUCUACGCUUCCCGGCCUCGUUUCGGGUGUAGAUCAGAAUCCUCCUAUUAAUACGCUUUAUGUGGGGAACCUACCCAUUUCGCCGCCGCCGUUGGGGUAUCCGCCUGAUAUUUUAGAAGAGAGUUUGAGGGAGUUGUUUCGAACGAGACCUGGAUACAAAAGACUUUCGUUUAAGCAGAAAAGUACAGGGCCCAUGUGUUUUGUCGAGUUUGAGGACGUCGAUGCGGCAACAAAGACUAUCAAUGAACUUUAUGGAAAUAACCUCAAUGGCCUCGUGAAGGGCGGUGGUAUUCGUCUCUCAUACAGCAAAAACCCGCUCGGCAUUCGGACUCCAACAAGUGCAAACGGACCUGGUCCAGGGUUUCAGCAACAACAUUUCCAACAACAGGCUCAUGUCGGACGUGAUGGUGACAGGGAACGAGGGGAUAGGUACGGCUACGGUGGCCAUCACACACACAUGAAUUCAUGAUCUCUCCUCCUCCACCUCGCUUUGCCGGUAACUCUUCUGGGGCGAAUCCCCUUUCGAACAUAUCCUUUGGCAACUUUUCCUCGACAUCGUUCAGUGGAGUUAAUUCUCAGCUUGUAGGCUCUGGCUCGAACUCUAUGUUUGGGGCAACCAACUCCUUC